AUGGACGCCUGCAUCCUCUGUGCCCGCUGCGUCAACGCCUGCCAGUCCAGCCACCAGUUCAUCGGCGCCAUCGACGUGCUGGGAGCCGGCGAAUCGGCCCGCAUCGCCACCGCCGCCGACAAACCCCUGGCCGAGAGCAUCUGCACCACCUGCGGCCAGUGCCUCAGCGUUUGCCCCACCGGCGCCAUCAGCGUCAAGGAACCGCCGGCCGUUGCAGACCCCACCCACACCGUCAGUACCACUUGUCCUUAUUGCGGCGUCGGAUGCGGUAUCCAGUUGGAAGUCGACGACGCCACCGACCGCAUCGUCGCCUCCCACGACGACCCUGACAACCUCUCCAGCGUCGGGAUGCUCUGCGUCAAGGGCCGUUUCGGAUAUACCUUCGCCCAACAUCCCGACCGCAUCCAGACGCCCCUGAUCCGCGACGGCGAACGCUACACCGGUCCCUUCCGCAAGGCCACCUGGGACGAGGCUCUGGAUCUGGUCGCCACCCGACUCGUCGAGUAUCGCGGCGAUGCCUUCGCCACCCUCUGUUCCGCCAAGGCCACCAACGAAGACGGUUACGUUCAGCAGAAGUUCUCCCGCCUCAUAAUGAGCAGCAACAACAUCGACCACUGCACCCGCCUGUGCCACAGCCCAUCGGUCGAAGCCAUGCUGACCUCGCUGGGCAGCGGCGCAACCAGCAAUUCCUACACCGACUACGAAGGCGCCGGCUGUCUGGUUGUCAUCGGCUGCGACCCAACGUCCAACCACCCGGUGGCCGCCUCCCGGAUGCGCCGGGCCAUCGUCGAACGCGGAGCCAAACUCAUCGUCAUCAACCCACGCCGUAUCGACAUGUGCGACUACGCCGACCUGUGGUUACGUUCCUACCCCGGCACCGACGUGGCGCUGCUCAACGCAAUGGCUCAGGUCAUCGUGGCCGAGGGCCUGGCCGACGCCGAUUUCGUUGCCAACCGCACCGAGGGUUACGACGACUGGCUCUCCGUGAUCGAAGCGGACACACCCGAACACGCGGCGACCAUCACCGGCGUAUCCGCUGACGACAUCCGCGACGCCGCCCGCAUGUUCGCCCGCCCGCCGGGUUCAUGCCUGAUUUGGGGUAUGGGCAUCACCCAGCACACCAACGGAACCGCCAACGCCCACGGACUGCUCAACCUGGCCCUCGUCGCCGGACAGCUCGGUCGCCGCGGCUCAGGAAUUUCGCCGUUGCGUGGCCAGAACAACGUCCAGGGUUGCGGUGAUGCCGGCUGUCUGCCCAACUCGUUGCCCGGUUACCAAGGUUUGCGUCCAGAUACGCUGGUGCGGUUCGGCGACGCCUGGGGUGCCCCCGGUCGUAUUCCCGAUGCCGCCGGUCUGGUCGUAACCGAGAUGGUGGAAUCCAUGGAACGGGACGACGGAGUUCGCGCCAUGUACAUCACCGGCGAGAAUCCGCUGCUCAGUGAACCCGACCUCAAUCGCGCCGAUGAGCUGUUCCGCCGUCUGGACUUCCUGGUGGUGCAGGAUAUUUUCAUGCACGAAACCGCGCAGCUGGCCGAUGUGAUCCUGCCGGCCACCAGCUUUGCCGAGAAAGACGGCACCUUUACCAACAGCGAGCGGCGCGUGCAGCGCGUGCGCCAGGCCAUCCCGCCGGUGGGCGACAGCCGCCCCGACUGGGACAUCGUAUGCGACCUGGCCCGCCGCAUGUGUGACAAGAUGGGCCUCCCCUGGCAGAAUCAGUUCACCUACCAGCACCCGUCGCAGAUAUUCGACGAGAUGGCCCAACUGACUCCCAUCAUGUCCGGCAUCUCCUACCAGCGCCUCGACGCCGAGGGCGGUAUCCAGUGGCCUUGCCCUUCGCCCGAGCAUCCGGGCACCACCUAUCUCUACGCCGACGAUUUCCCCCGCGGCGACCGGGCCAAAUUCGUGGCCUUCGAGCAGGGCGCCGUGGCUGCCGAAACCCCCUCAGACCGGUUCCCGCUGGUGCUGAACACGGGGCGGGUGCUGUACCACUGGCACGGCGGCACCAUCACCCGCCGCGUGGAUGGACUCAUGGCCCGCACACCUUCGCUGGAAGUGUCAAUCAACCCCCAGGACGGCGAACGAUUCGGGUUGCGGGACGGCGCGGACGUGCAGGUACGCUCGCGGCGGGGUUCUCUCACCGGAGUGGCCCGUUACACCUACCGCAUGAGGACCGGAGAAAUUUUCAUUCCCUUCGUUCGCCUUGGCGACUCGGCGGCCAACUUCCUGACCAACGCCGCCUACGACCCCGAAUCGCACAUCCCCGAGUACAAAGUCUGCGCCGUCCGGGUGGAGCCAAUAGAGCCGUAA